AAAGCCGGUCUUCAUUAGUUUUGAAAGUCGCUCACAGCUCAGAGGACGCAUCACAAGACGAAUCAUCAACUUCAUCAUCAUCAUGGCCAAAUUGUGGAUUUUGACAGUAUUUGCUGUGGCUGCUCUAGCACAGGUCUCUUUGGCUGCCGAUUUGGGCGAAGCCUUGAACAUGAACAUACGCGAACAGUUGCGUUUGUAUGACAUCUUUGCCAAAGACCCUGAGGCUGCCAAAUACAGUGAAGACCUCAAGAAAUUGAUUCAAAUCACCGAAGGUGCCUUGAAAACCGAAUCUGUGCAGGAAAAGGAGCAGACCAUCAACACCAUCGAUAAGAAUUUCAAUGAGGAAUUCAACAAAUGGGUCGGUGCCAAAUUGGAACAUGCCCAAGUCAAUGAUGAUAUUCAUGCUGCCAUCACCUUCUACAGCGGCCUUCUCCAGAAAGCCACUCCCCAUGAGGAGGAGAUCAAAAAGACCCUCAGCACUUUGGAGAAUUUGUUGAAGGAGACCAAUUUGAAGGAAAAGGAGGAUAAAUUCUUGGGUCUCACCAAAACCUUCUCGCCCGAAUUUGAGAAAUUCUUGAAGGAAAGCUCCUUGCCUGAGGUCAAUCAAACUCUGAAAAAGACUGCUGCAUUUUUUGCCACCCUUUUGGAACAAAAGGAAGGCAAGUACGAGAAGGAAAUUGCCGAUUUGAAGGCCAAGACUGAAGCUGCUUUGGCUGAUUCCGUUUCGAUUGAUGAGAAGAACAAAGUAUUGAGUGAAGUUUCUCUGACCGCCGACAAGGAUUUGAAUGAUUAUUUGGCUAAGAAGAACAUUGAAUUGGCCUAAAUGUUUUCGAGGGGAAUGUGAUGAAUUGGAGUUGAAGUUGAUUGUAAAAAAAUUUGUGACUCAGUAUUUUGUUGGAAAAGAAAAAAUUAUUUAAAAUUAAAAACAAGUUUUUCUGAACAAGAAA